CAUGCGCCGUGCGCGCUUCCACCCUCCGCCGCCGGCAGCGUAAUGGCGGCGGCUGCCGCGGCGGUAGCGGGCGGCGGGGAGCGGAGCAGCACCCGGGAGCGGCUGCUGGCGGCGCUGGAGGACCUGGAGCUCUUGGCCAGGGAACUGAUUGAAAUUUUGGCAAUUUCAAGAAACCAGAAACUUCCACAACCAGGAGAAGAGAGCCAGAUCCUGGAGCUGCUGAUUCAGAGAGAUGGAGAGUUUCAAGAGCUAAUGAAGCUGGCAGUUGACCAGGGAAAAAUCCAUCAUGAAAUGCAGCUUUUAGAAAAAGUAGUAGAAAAGAGGGAUAAUGAUAUUCAGCAGCUGCAGAAGCAACUGAAGGAAGCAGAGCAUAUUCUGGCAACAGCUGUUUAUCAAGCAAAGGAAAAGCUGAAAUCAAUUGAAAAGGCAAGAAAAGGUGCCAUUUCAUCCGAAGAAAUAAUUAAAUAUGCCCAUAGGAUCAGUGCUAGCAAUGCUGUUUGUGCCCCACUGACAUGGGUACCAGGGGACCCACGUAGACCCUAUCCUACAGAUCUGGAAAUGAGGAGUGGCCUCUUGGGUCAGAUGAACAACCCAUCCACUAAUGGAGUUAAUGGACACUUACCAGGGGAUGCACUUGCAGCUGGCAGACUACCAGAUGUGCUCGCUCCUCAGUAUCCUUGGCAGUCAAGCGAUAUGUCGAUGAACAUGCUACCUCCUAAUCACAGUAACGACUUCAUGUUGGAGCCUCCAGGACACAAUAAAGAGAAUGAAGAUGAUGUAGAAGUUAUGUCAACAGACUCCUCGAGCAGCAGCAGUGACUCAGACUAGGUACAGAGGGACAGUAUCCCUGCUAGACCUUUCCUGUGGUGAAGGUAGGUUGGAUGCUGUUAGUCACAGGCUGCAAUACCCUUUUGUUUUGUGGGCAGUCCCAUGCAAGGAGAAGAUACAUACAGCUGGCUCAAAAAAAAAAAAAAAAAAAAAAGGGUGACUGAUUUCAAACCAUGGACUUGAGAUUUUUUUUUUUUCCCCUUUAGAUGCUCAAGUAAAAUGGGAGCUUUCUGCUGGAGGAGCAAUGUCAAUUUCCAGUGAUCAUGUAAAUGUGUGAAUGUGUAUGUAUGCAAGAGAUGUGCACGUGUAUAUAAAUAUUUACUAUAUAUUAGAUGACAAAAGGUCCUGGGAAAAAAGGUGUAAGGGGAAUCCCCUUGUAUGUUUAUUAGUAACUUUACUCUUUUGAUGAUAGCCUUUUCUAUGGCACAGAAAUGAGGCAUAAAAUUUGUAAUUUUAAUAUCUUUUUUGUUACUGCUGAAAUCCAUGUUCUUGAUCGUCUGGUGUGUUCUGAGAACAAAAACACAGCAGCAAGGUGCAAAAAAAAAGUUUGUAAUUAUUGUAAUAUAUAAUGAAUGUUUUGUAAUAAAUAAACUCACCUUUGAUGCUA